AUGAGAUCCAAUUCAAUAAGCUGUGAGAGCGAGAGAAUGCUUUUUAGCAGUGCUGAUGCCCAUUUACCAAAUUUAUUUCGACAAAAUGCAAUAGAAAAUGUUGUCGAAUAUCACAAAGCUUUCACUCAAAGGAAGCAUCUUCAUACAGUUCGCGAAGCUCUCAAAUUUGCUUUCGAAACAUGCGAUGAGGAUUUGUGCCGUGCUGCUUUACCGGACAGUAGAGGACAAAUAGAUAGGUUAUCGGUAAUGACCGCUGCGUCUGGAUCCUGCGCAACUCUUGCCCAUAUUCGAGGGCGAAAUCUUCAUGUCGCAAAUGUAGGAGACAGUGCAGCUGUUCUAGGUGUGGUCACUCCAAGUGGUAGUGUUCAUCGGAUACGCGCGGCUCACCCGACAUCAGAAACCCACGUUCUCCGCGGUGGAAGGCUGUUAGGCGAACUAUACCCAUUGCGAGCAUUUGGUGAUGUCCGGUUCAAGUGGCCCUUAGAUUUACAAAAGGUUGUUUUGGAACCGUUAGGUAGUCCAGCUCCUCCCAAUCUUCACACUCCUCCUUACCUCACGGUAUCACCAGAGGUACUCUACCAUAAACUAACGCCUAACGAUAAGUUUUUGGUGUUAGCGUCGGACGGCUUGUGGGAAUGGCUCGAUCCGGACACUGUUGUUCGACUCGUAUAUGACCAUACAGUCGGAACGAUGACGUUGCUUCCAUAUCAACCGAAAAGUGGCUCGUCACUUAAGCAGGUGCUCCUGGAUCUUCAAGAGCGGAAGUUAGGCGAAAAAAGCCAUAAGAAGCCCAUAGACGAGAACUGUGCGACGCACAUCAUUAGACACGCACUGGGUGGUGUUAGUGGUGGAGAAAGCAAGCAGUACGAGAGGCUCAUUGAUAUACUGCAGGUUCCUCCUGGACGAGCACGGAAUUAUCGUGACGAUAUUUCUGUUAUAGUGAUCCACUUUAAUGAGAAAUAUUUGGAAGGAAGCAGAAUCGCCGGCUGUUGCAGCUGA